GAGUAGUACUAGCUAGUAGUGAAAAAAGCCGCUAAACGCCAGCUUGGCCGGAUGAUACCCACUUCAGGUCCAAUUUACUAUAUUAUUUGCUAUUGCGGAGUCCAGGAUGUAGGCGCGAAUUGAUGGCCUCACGUUGCUGCACCAAGUUGUUGUUGGAAUGCAUGCUGCGAGUACGGACGGUAUCGCGAAGAGUCUAGCUAGCUACUAGGUCAGCAGCAGUGGACAAAAAACCGGAAAGGCCAGCCAAGAAACUAUUAAUAACAUGAUAUCAUUCCUUCGACGAGUCCCAGGUAGUAACUGCGCAGUUGCAGCGAAUGUUGAAUGGCUAGACUAGUUCGACUGCCGACGCUCCGCAGGGAGCACGUGCCCGCUUGUGCACAGGAGGUCAUCAGCACGCAUCCAAUCCACUUCAGACAAGCAAACCAAUGUUCUCGAUCCAAAUAUUUUCUAAACCAUACCCAAGUACAUGUCCCUUUGUACUAACACGAUCUAGCUAGCUAGUAAACGGGCCCUCUGCUUGUUGCAAACUAAAGCAAGCAAUGGACCAACACAUUGCUAUCAAUCGUUGGGCUUUGUUUCUUUGAUGACCAAAGAUGCAAUGGUUAUCUUCGAUCUUCGACGUCCCGUCCUUUGGGUGCAGGAUGAGGUCAUUGUUGGAUAGUAUAUAUCCAAUAAUCCACUUCAGAUACUCUUGCUUCUAUUCCAGACCCAGCCACAAUGCACUCGCUUUGUAUUAUCACGCCCUAAACGGGUAUUAACUACAUGGACCAACACAUAUGCACCUAUCUUUGGGCUUUGUUCAUUCAGAGCUAUUGUGGGGUGACAAAAGGGAUACCGUGAUACCGUACCUGCUGGUACCGGUAGCUUGAGAUAUCUUCGAUGUCUCAACACCACGGUAGGUGAUCGUGACUUGGCGAUGGAGGGAGGACUGGUGACUCAAAUCGCAAACAACGACUGUCAACUGCCAAUCUGCAAGAAGCCACAAGCAAGCUCUCUCCAUUGUAUCCACUUCCAAGAUGCCCCGUUCCAAUCGGGAUGCUCUUGUCACUGUCUUUGUCUGUAGAGCCUUGCUGCUACUCCUCAUCCUGGUUAUUAUUGGGUCUCAUGAGAUUGCUGGCUCAUCUUCCGCCAAUCCCAACACCGUUGGUGUGUCCGAGAUUAUGGGACGGUUUGGACUUUUGGGUGCCAUCAAGCCAAAUCCCUAUGUGGCAGCAUCACCACUGAUCAUCGCGGCCGAAUGCUCGGAUGGAAUUGUCCUGAUUGCCACACACACAGCAUCCAAGGAAGAAAAGCUACUGCGUGUUUUGGAGGAUGACGACGAUGAACAAACACACAAUCGCACUGUUUGGAAUGAGUUUCAAUACGGCCGAGCCGGUCCUUCCAGGAUUCGACGAAUCGAUCGCUUUGGAACCCAGUUAUUGUCCGCUGGAUGGCGUGCCGAUUGUGAUUUAUUGGGAGAUAAACUCUGCAGCUUGGCUUCCAAGGAAGUUUCCCUUUUUGGACGGCCACUGUGGGGUUUGCCAUAUGGACGCCAUUUGGCAGAGGAAGCUACCUAUUUUCUGGCACAGCAUGGAGUGUCACCAGUGCGGCUACCCAGUUGCAUUGGUUUGCUGGCUGCCUGUGGGAACCGUGAUGACAGCAAUAAUGACAAUAACGACUAUGAUGAUGGAGCCGUUGGAUCGUUAUGGAUGAUUGAUGCCAAUGGGUGGUAUCGAUUGAAAAGCCUGGCCGUGGGCGGAGGUCCAGCACCCGAAAACGACAAAAACUGCACCGUGCUGGCUCAACUGGUCAAUGAUCAAUUGCAAGACUUGGAUUCUCGUGAGAUGACUACUGAUGAAGCAAUAACACACAUUCUAGCCAUUUUGGGUGGAGGAGAGGAAAUUGAUGGGAAUGGCACUGCCCCUCUUUUGAGCCAUGAUUGUGAACUAGAGAUUGCCUACACGAAUGCCAAGACGGGUGGGAGAUUACAUCGACAGUCGUUGAAGUCGUUCACCACGGGGAGAAAGGAGCCAAUAUCAUGACAUCACGUGCUGUGACGCAGGAAGUUUUUCGUGCCGAAUGGCUCCUAGCUACUCUCUAGCUAGCAAGCAUGUACUUCAAUCAAUCCCUCUCUCCACCUCUUUCACCAUAAGCUACGGUAGUAUAUUACCUAGCUAGCUAGAACAGGUUCAGCGACCUCGUUGUGGGGACGGUACCGAAAACCAAAGUCCAACCGUAUUAUUAUUUGCACGCAGGCGACUGCUCUUCUACGUAGCUAGCUAGCUAGAUUAAUUUGGAUCUUUGUGACAACCUCGCUGGC